UAUAAAAAGUGUGACUAACUGCCCAUUUCACUUCCUCCUGUUUUUUUUUUGUGAAAUGUGGGCACACUGGAGAAAUUUUCUUGUAGUAGCUGUGCUGUGAAAAAUAUUUAUAGUGAAAAAUAUACAUCAAAGCUACUUGCCAUUCUUCGGUGGAAAAUUUUCGCACAGUAAUUGCGCAGCAAAAAAAAACAAUACAGAAACAUGGGCGAUGUUAUGAAUAUCGACAGCAUCAUAUCAAGACUUCUGGAAGUGCGUGGGGCACGGCCAGGCAAAAAUGUUCAGCUCUCCGAGAGCGAAAUUCGUGGCCUCUGUCUGAAGUCGCGAGAGAUUUUUCUUUCGCAGCCCAUACUCUUGGAGCUGGAAGCACCAUUGAAGAUUUGCGGAGACAUACAUGGCCAAUAUUAUGAUUUGUUGCGCUUAUUUGAGUACGGUGGAUUUCCUCCGGAAUCAAAUUACCUGUUCUUGGGUGACUACGUAGAUCGUGGCAAACAGUCGCUGGAAACCAUCUGCUUGCUGCUCGCCUAUAAAAUCAAAUACUCUGAGAACUUCUUUUUGCUACGCGGUAACCAUGAAUGUGCCAGCAUAAACCGUAUCUAUGGAUUUUAUGACGAGUGCAAGCGUCGCUACACCAUCAAAUUAUGGAAGACGUUCACUGACUGCUUUAACUGUUUGCCAGUUGCAGCCAUAGUAGAUGAGAAGAUAUUCUGUUGCCAUGGCGGUCUCAGUCCAGACCUUACGUCGAUGGAGCAAAUUCGGCGCAUCAUGCGUCCCACCGAUGUGCCAGAUCAGGGCUUACUGUGUGAUUUGCUGUGGUCCGAUCCGGACAAGGAUACCAUGGGAUGGGGCGAAAAUGAUCGUGGCGUUAGUUUCACUUUUGGCGCCGAGGUUGUGGCCAAAUUUUUAGAGAAGCACGAGUUCGAUCUCAUUUGCCGCGCCCAUCAGGUCGUCGAGGAUGGCUAUGAGUUCUUCGCAAAGCGCCAACUUGUUACACUCUUCUCGGCACCCAAUUACUGUGGCGAAUUUGACAAUGCUGGUGCAAUGAUGUCUGUGGAUGACUCCCUAAUGUGCUCAUUCCAGAUAUUGAAACCGGCAGACAAGCGUAAAAAGUAAUAUCACUAAUAAUCUUCGUACACACACAACACACAAUUUUCUAUACAAAGCAUGCAACAAAAACCAAUAAGAAGUUAUAUGAUUCAACCAGGGGCAAAUCUAAUUUAACAUACCUAGCAACGACUAUGCGGCCAGAGGGAAGAACUGAACGCUUUGCGUCGAGUAAAACAAUAUUAAAACGAAAACAAACAAAUUUACCCAAUCCUGGACAACAUAUGAUCUUUAAAGAAAUAAAGAGAUUUGCUUCAAUUACAAAA